AUGCCAACAAGAAUGCUUCAUCUGAAUAUUGUUUGCGACCUUUCAACAGUUGCGUUUCUACGUCUACUUCGACGAUUUUUCGGUCGGAGAGGAAUUCCGAGAACCAUCACAAGUGAUAACGCCCCGACAUUCACGGAGAAACCAUUCUUCGAGAAUGCGUGGAAGAUCUGCAGCAAGACCCAGCCCUAUCGCGAGAACUCAGCAAUCGUGAAAUUGACUGGCGUCACAUUACGCCCUACGCCCCUUGGAAAGGGGACUGUAGGAAAAGCAGUAUUGAGCUUCGAUGAGUUGUCAACUAUACUCAUUGAAAUAGAAGCACUUCUCAACACGAGACCACUACUCUACAUGGACUCUGAAUCCGUCCAUGAAUCCAUACUACCACCAAUCGACUUUCAGCAAAAUGAAAUGGAGAUCGUAUACCCAUUCGACACGAAUCCGCAACUUGAAGAGGACAUUAACUAUCUACCGCCUGAGGAGCAAGUUCUCAUCCAAACAAAGGCACAAGCUAAAAAGCGCUUCUUGCAAGUUUACAGAGAAGUUCUGGAAUCUGUGGCAAACUCAGUACCUCACGUCAUUAAGGGAGAAACAUCAACUCGAGAUAGAUAA